GCUCCGUUCAAGUCUAGCUCUGUUCUUGUUGGUGUUAGUUACUAAUGUAAUUUACGUGAUUUUAAUAUAACAUUUUGAGUAUUUUACUACUGUUUGUGUUUAGUGUGAAAUGAGUGAAUAAUAUAAUAAAAAUCUAAAAAAAAAUUAACGAAGACAAAAUCAGUGAUCGGACCUUACUAGAAUUCGAGAUAAAUAUUAAAAUGUUUGUGUACGUGCAAUAAAAACAUUGGUUGUUAUGAAAAGAUACAUUUCAGUUGAAAUCUUGUGUUGGAAUUGGUCGAUAUUACGACUUCUAUCACGGCUACUAUCGUCUGAUUGUCUCAAACACCAAACAUGUUUCACAAAAGCAUUUCAAUUUGCGAAUGUAUAGAAUCGAUUAACGAACCCAGAUACAGAAGAAAAGAGGAAAACCUAAUGGAAGAAAACCGCAUCAUAAAUGACUGUGUGGCAAGAUCUUCACCCAAACUUUGAUCUCGGGCUGACGUAACUCAAACAAGAGAGACCACCGAACGCGCCAUGGAGAUCUGCACUCGCCAAUGCCAGAACAACAGCCGGAUAAACUUCACGGAUGACGCGGAUUCAUUACGAAACCAGACUUUUACCGAAACAUUCAAUUCGAUUGACUCCGAAUUUAAAUCGAAUUCGAACAUAUACGAGGAGCCAUUCGUAGUAUACGAAACUAACUGUACUUUUGAAAAUGGAACGUGCAGUGACGUAGAGUACAAUGUCUGGGCGCUGUCGCUACUGGUUUUUCCAGUUCUGACGCUCUUUGGUAAUGUUUUGGUCAUACUUAGCGUGGCAAGGGAGAGGAGUCUGCAAACAGCCACAAACUACUUCAUUGUCAGUCUGGCGGUGGCCGAUCUGCUUGUGGCCGUCGUGGUAAUGCCGUUUGGCGUUUAUUAUUUGCUGAACGGCGUUUGGGGACUACCAGCCGUCGUCUGUGACUGCUACAUCGCGAUGGAUGUCACCUGCUCAACCUCAAGCAUAUUCAAUCUAGUCGCCAUAUCUGUGGAUAGGUACAUAGCUGUGACACAACCGAUAAAGUACGCGAAACAUAAGAGCAAUUGCAGAGUUUGGACCAUGAUCGGCAUCGCGUGGCUGGUCUCCGGAGCAAUAGGAUCUCCCGUGGUCUUAGGCCUUAAUAACACCCCCGAUAGAAGUCCACACCAGUGCCUGUUCAAUAACACUGACUACGUCAUUUAUUCUUCACUCGGCUCCUUCUAUAUUCCUUGCAUAAUCAUGAUGUUCCUGUAUUAUAAUAUUUUCAAGGCUAUAAGACAAAGAGCAAAAAAACAGAGGGUAGCGAAGAAGACCUCUGCCGCAAUCGGGUCAGCGCUCUCCAGCGGCACUGCAGCUGUAGUCAUUGAGAACAUGGCGCAAACUCAAAGGCUGACUGAAGCAUUACAAGACGAUAGACCGACUAACACCGCUUCGGGAAGCAACGAUGAAGUGGACGACGAGGAAGACAAAACGGAAAUGGGGCCGUAUGCCGAGGAACUGGUCAACACGAGGUCGGCGCGGUUCAUGUUGGCAGCUGUCGUCGAAGAAACCGGCCUAAUAAUGGCAAACCUCGCGUCACCGAUUCCAAUGGUGGACCCGAACACAAAUAAUGAUUCGGGAUACGCUCCAUCUAACAUCGACGGAGAAACCAAAGAGCAUACGCCACCAGCUUCUCCCACGCACAAGGAUGGCAAGAAGAUUCAGGAGGAUCAAACUAAGAAACCUGAACUAAGAAAGAAACUGAGCCGCCUCAGCAAUAGCUCCUUGAUCUCGACGCCGCGGAGGCGGUUUAGGAGCGCAGCUUCGGCUGCAAGAUUUACAAUCUUCAGGGCGAACAGAGCAGGGAAGCUAAGAGCCAAAUCAUUCGCCAAGAAAGAGAAGAAGGCAACGCAAACUUUAGCUAUUGUUUUAGGAGUCUUCUUAUUCUGCUGGGCACCAUUCUUCACGUGCUCCGUCCUGGACGCUCUCUGUACGAAAUUCGAUCUCCCUUUCUCCCCUGGAGUGACUGUCUUCAUUCUGACAACGUGGCUCGGGUACAUCAACUCGUUCCUCAACCCGGUCAUCUACACGAUCUUCAACCCGGAAUUCAGGAAGGCUUUCAGGAAGAUCCUGCAUUGCACCACCUAGCCCGGAGACUAUUAUAUAGUUUACGAGUAACGUUGGACUCAGUUGAGAAAGUUAUGUGUAAAAAUGUUAUGUGUUUUCAUUGAAAUUAAACUGUAAAUAAAUGUUAAUGUUAAUAGCAUAUAAGUAUUUGUAUAGGUGACGAAUCUAAAUAUAUAUAAAUAGUUAUAACUAAA